UGAGGAAGCUAUCCUAAUUGAUCUAGCCAAUGACAAAGAAGAAGAGAUGUCAGACAACAGAGGUGAGGAGAUGUCCCAACAGAUGAGGGAGAGGGCAGCCGGUGCUGCUGAGAGAAGAAGGAGUGCAAAGUCACCUUGGUCUACUCCUCCUCAUGAUGAGUCACCUGAUCACCAGCCAGCCAAUCAGGGCUCUGCAAGCCAUCAUCACAGGCACCACCAUAAGUCACAUGACUCUCCCUCUAGUCAUCCGAGCUCCUCCCGACAUGGCAGACACAAACCCAGCUCCGCGGGUGUGGUCAGAAGCAAACUCUCCCAUGGUGAUUCCAGAGUCGCCUGUCCUAAGUGAUCCGCCGGCAGACUCCCCUGUCUCACACUCUAACCAGAGCGAUACUCUUCUGUAUGAAGACUCAGAGCCAGUGUUUUCUACCCCAGAAGUGUUAUCCCAGAGAGACCCUUCCCAGCCCAGCUGGUUUGGGACAGCGAUAUCUGCCCUGAACCGGACCCCGGCCUGUAGCAGUCCCCUCCCCACCCUCAGACCUGACACUCACCAUACUGUACUGUUCAGGGAGGCAAUCUUGACAUACAACUCCAGAUAUGCCAAUAGAUGGGACUUCAGAGGACUACACUCAUUCUUUACAGAGUAUUUAGAUGAUGAUGAAGCUCGGAGUUUCUUCAAAGUGACCCUGCCUGCUAUGGUGAAGUUAGCUCUUAGACUACCUGAGAUUGUAACGCAGAGCCCCCCACUACUGAAGAAGCAGAUGAGACACAGCAUCACCCUGUCCCAGCUGCAGGUGGCCUCUCUUUUAUCCAAUGCCUUCUUCUGCACCUUUCCACGAAGAAACGCCUACCAGAGGAACUCAGAAUACUCCUCCUUUCCUAGCAUCAACUUUAAUGAUCUGUUUAAAGGAGGGAAACAUGGGGUGGAUAGAAGACGUGCAGAGAAGCUCAAGACACUUCUGCACUACUUCAAGAGAGUCACCACAAGAAUGCCCUGUGGAACGUUGACCUUCCGUCGACAGUCCUUCCCCAAAAUGCCGGUGUGGACGACCUGUAAGGACAGGCUGACCAGGCUCCAUGUCUCAGCUGAAGGAACUAUAGAGGAGGAUGGUACAGGGAUGUUACAGGUUGACUUUGCUAAUAAAGUCAUAGGAGGAGGUGUACUAGGAUUUGGAUUAGUGCAGGAAGAGAUUAGGUUCCUAAUCUGCCCAGAGAUGAUCCUAUCCAGGCUUUUCACUGAAACACUAGAGGCAGACGAAUGCUUGGUCAUCAUCGGUGCAGAGCAGUACAGCUGUUACGAGGGGUAUUCAGACACCUACAAAUGGGCAGGUGACUAUCAGGACCAGACAACCAGGGACACAUGGGGCAGAAGGUGUACAGAGGUAGUGGCCAUCGAUGCUCUGAAGUACAGGACAUAUACAGAACAGUGUACUCCUGGUAUGGUCAAGAGAGAGCUGGAUAAGGCAUUUUGCGGUUUCUACAGGCCAGACGUGUUGCCUAGCAACCUGUCAGCUAUAGCAACAGGCAACUGGGGGUGUGGUGCUUUUGGAGGUGACCCUAGAAUAAAGGGUCUAAUCCAGAUGAUGGCAUCAGCAGUAGCCAAGAGAGACCUGGCAUACUUCACCUUCGGGGAUGCACAGCUGGCAGAAGACCUGUAUAAGAUGCACGAAUUUGCAGAAGCAAACAGUCUUACAGUUGGUGAUCUGUGGAAUGUGAUCCAGUCCUACAACAGAACCAGUGCCAAAACCUCCAGGAGACCAGCCGUGGAACUGUUCAGCUACGUGUACCAGAUGUACACAGACUUCCAGGACUCUACUGAUGAGGAGGGGGCAGGCCAGGACUGGGAGCAGGGGGCAGAGGGCAAAGGGCAUGGGUCACAGAUCAAGGGUUGGGGGUCAGACGAGGAAGAGGCAGGGGCAGAUGGGAUAACUGAUAGGAAAGAGUCUGUAGAUUAUAAAGCCAUGACACCAUAACGGUGUCAUAUAAUCAUGAUGUAAUUAUAGUUCCAUACUAUAAUGAUUAAAAUGAGGAUUCGUAAGGUGUACAUGUAUAUUUUGACUUUAAAUGCAGUGACUGUAAAAAAUGACGAUCCCUUUAUCUAAGCACACAGUUUAUACAUUUAAUUUCUCCCACAAUUUAGUUUGAAAUUGAUAAAAGCAUUGUGGCAUUCAUAUCUUACAAAGAACAUGAUGAUAUUCUUUGCUAAGCCACUUUUUUUCUUCUCAGCAGUUAUGAACUGACUGUGCAUAAGGUUAACUUUUAUUGACCUAUUAUGUACUUUGUAAAAGGAACUAUAUUGUAAAUUUACUAUAAAUUAACAAAGUUUCUUUUUUUUUCUAGAGAAAAAACAGCAGAAGGAUUUAUUUAAUUUACUUUAAAACUUUAAUUGACCAAAAGUAUUAUGUAUUUUCUUUAUAUCAACCCAGAUUCAAGAUGUAUUAUUAUAAUAAUAUGUUAUAGUUUUGGAACAUUUGAAUUAUCAAAAUUUACCCCUUGGUAUUAUCAAUUCUAUGAAAGUAAGUCUCAUACAGAGGCCAAAGUUUUAAGGUAUGAAACCAUUUACCAGUAUGUUUUUGUGAAUUUAAAGCAGUUAAAACUUGCUUUUGAGGGUAAUUAUGCCUGCUGUAUGUC